AGAGAGAGUGGAGGGAGGGAAAGAGAAAGAAACAGGAACAGAGGGGUGCGAGAGCGAUAGAGAAUGGCAGAGACUGUGUGAUAGAGAGAAGAGAGAGAGAGAGUACUGACUCAGAUAACGGAAGUGGCGUGCGCAUCCUCCUCUCCUGCUGGGGCUAGAUGAGACUUCAGACUGAUCUGUGAGGAGAGAAGAACAGAGAGAUACACUACCUAACUUGAUGACUCUAAGCUGACAGUGAGUUACAACACCUUAGCUUGAUCCAAGGUGAGAAGAAUAACUACCCACACUACAGAGAAGGAAGGAGCUAGAGGGAAAGAUAAUCAGCCUUACUUGGGAUAAAGAAGAGGAAAGGUGGAAGAAAGAAGGCUAUAAACCUGAGACUGAGGUAAAUGCCACUGAUACCCAGCUGACCUGUAGCUGAGUGCUGAGGCAGGAUCAAGGAGAAGUAUAUGUUGAAGUGCAGACUGCAGAGUUACGUUGGUCUGACUCGCCCUCCUCUCAGCUCUGUAUGUUCGGGGAUGGAGUGACUUGGUGAGCCCAGCUGUGUCUUCAUCGUUGGACAACAUGCCUGUGAUGAAGGGCCUCCUGGCCCCCCAGAACACCUUCCUGGACACCAUCGCCAACCACUUUGAUGGCACCCACAGCAACUUCCUUCUUGGGAAUGCCCAGGGUCGCCAAGGUUACCCCAUCGUGUACUGCUCGGACGGCUUCUGCGAGCUGACGGGGUUUGUGCGCACUGAGGUGAUGCAGAAAACAUGCACGUGUCGCUUCCUGCACGGGGCGGAGACCAGUGAGAGGGUGAGGCAGCAGGUGGACAAGGCCCUGGAGGGACAGCAGGAGUACCAGGGGGAGGUGUGCUUCUACAUGAAGAACGGAAAUCCAUUCUGGUGCCUUCUUGACAUUGUGCCGAUUAAGAAUGAGAAGGGUGAAGUGGUUCUAUUCCUUUUCUCCUUCAAGGAUGUCACUGAGUCGUACGGAAAAAGCCACCAUCACAGCAACAGGAGAGGGGGGGAGGCCACAGGCAUCUCAGAGGACGCACAUCAGAACAGAAAACGCAGCCGUUCCCACUUUUCCCAAGCCAGGGAGAGGGGAAGGACUGUCCUGUACCACCUCACCAACCAGUUCUCCAAGAGGGGCAAGGGGAAACUGCCCAAUAGUGUGUUCCAGAAGCCCUCUCUCCCAGAGUACAAGGUGGCGGCGGUGCAGAAGUCCCGCUUCAUCCUGCUCCACUACAGCGUAUCCAAGGCCCUGUGGGAUUGGCUGAUCCUCCUGGCUACCUUCUACGUGGCGGUCACCGUGCCCUUCAAUGUCUGCUUCGUCAGUCACCAGGACGACAACGACUGUGACUCCCGUAGCACCAUUGCCAGUGACAUCGCCGUGGAAAUGCUCUUUAUUCUAGAUAUCAUCCUGAACUUUAGGACCACCUUCGUGAGUCAGUCGGGUCAGGUGGUGUACGAUGCUCGCUCAAUCUACCUCCAUUACUGUGGAACCUGGUUCUUUAUAGACCUCUUUGCUGCUCUGCCCUUUGACCUCCUCUACGCCUUCAACAUCACAGUGACCUCUCUGGUCCACCUCCUGAAGACGGUGCGUUUGCUACGGCUGCUGCGGCUGUUACAGAAGCUGGACCGUUACUCCCAGUACAGUGCUGUGGUCCUGACCCUGCUCAUGUCUGUGUUCGCCCUGCUUGCCCACUGGAUGGCCUGCGUCUGGUACGUCAUUGGCCGCAAGGAGAUGGAGAGCAGCGACCCUGUCACCUGGGAUAUAGGCUGGCUGCAGGAGCUGGGGAAGCGGUUGGAGACCCCAUACAUCAACAGUACGGUUGGCGGCCCCUCCAUGCCCAGUGCCUACAUCGCCUCCCUCUACUUCACCCUGAGCAGCCUCACCAGUGUGGGCUUUGGCAAUGUGUGUGCCAACACAGACGCCGAGAAGAUCUUCUCCAUCUGCAUCAUGCUCAUGGGGGCCUUGAUGCAUGCAGUGGUCUUCGGUAACGUGACGGCCAUCAUCCAGCGCAUGUACUCUCGGCGCUCGCUCUACCACACGCGUAUGAAGGACAUCAAGGACUUUAUCCGUGUGCACCGUCUGCCCCAGCUGCUGAAACAGAGGAUGUUGGAGUACUUCCAGACCACCUGGUCUGUCAACAACGGCAUCAACGCCAACGAGCUGCUGCGUGACUUCCCAGACGAACUUCGUGCGGACAUCGCCAUGCACCUGAACAAGGACAUUCUGCAGCUGCCAGUGUUUGAGCGGGCCAGUAGGGGGUGUCUGCGCUCCCUCUCCUUGCACAUUAAGACCUCGUUCUGUGCCCCGGGAGAGUACCUCAUCCGCCAGGGGGACGCGCUGCAGGCCAACUACUUUGUCUGCUCUGGGUCUCUAGAGGUGCUGAAGGACGGCACGGUCCUUGCUAUCCUGGGCAAAGGUGAUCUGAUUGGGGCAGACCUGACAGCGCAAGACAAGGUGAUCAAGACCAAUGCGGACGUGAAGGCUCUGACCUACUGUGACCUGCAGCACAUCAGUGUCCGUGCCCUGAGGGAGGUCCUGGGCCUCUACCCAGAGUACGGCAGUCGCUUCAGCUCUGAUAUACACCACAACCUCACCUACAACCUGAGAGAGGGCAGCGAGGCAGAGGGACUGACAAGGUUCUCACGGUCCCCUCGGCUCUCUCAGGAGCGAGCUGAUAAGGACCACAAGCUUCCCUUCAUUGUGGAGGCAGAAGAUGUGGAGUCUGGUGAGGACAUGAGCCACUGUUCCACCGGUGCAUCCCACCAAGGACGGCUGCUCCUGAUGCAUGGCCUGAGCAGCCCCGUCUGCCACCCUGGCCUCAGCAGCCUGCUGGGGGAGGAGCUUCGACAUGUCAGUGCGCUCCAUCUCUGCCGCUCCCCAGCCCAGGGCGGCAGAGGCCGUAGCCCAUCCCCUCAGCUGCUGUCCAAUGAGGAGGUUACUCCCGCCCCAGUGCCCAACAUGGUCACAGAUCACAGCUCAUCCCAUAGGCCAGCCAAGCUGCUCAUACCCUCCCUACAUUGUGUCAGCCCUCUGGACCUCAGCCCCAGGGUUGUGGAUGGAAUUGAGGAUAAUGGGCAGUCAUUUCACUUCAAUGUGGAUCAAGGCGAGGCAAAGACCAAUAGCAAAGACCCGUUCCAGGUGAGCGCCAACUUACUUCUGGAAACAGAGGAGGUGAGACAGAACAUCAGCCAGCUAAGCAAAGAGAUGAAUACCCUUAACCAGGAGGUGUCCAACCUGACCAAGGAGCUCCACGAGAUGAUGUGUUUCCUGCAAGCCCAUGUGACCAUGUUUCAUUACCCCUCUGCCAUCUCCACCUAUCCUUACGGCCUGCAGAUGGCCCCUAACCCCAACCCCAGCAGCAACAUGACUGCUGCCAAUGACUGGCAGACACGGGUGCCUUUCUGUAUGCCCGCUGGACCUCACCCAUCUCACCUCCAAUAUGAACCCCUCAGCCACCCUGCCAGGAACAUGUGGGCCUACAGUGGGGUGCCCACCCAGGGCAGAGGUCCCGGCAUGAGUCAGAAGGUGGAGGUUGAGCACCUUCACCAGACGUCCAAUCCCAGGUCGUCCUGUUUACAUCCGUGCUGCUCGGACAGAGGCAGAACCACUGGUCAGGGACUUGAAGCCCAGUACAGACCUUUCCCGACCUCCAGAACUACACCCAACUCACCCUACAUGGGCCACUCCCAAUGCCGGACUGGGCCAUCUCUUCUGAACCUCAGCUCUGCCUUCCCAGUACUCCCAGGUGCGGGUCCUGGUCAAGUUGAGUACAAAGCCUCCAUCCCCACCAUCAGUACCUUUCGUUCCCCAGGCAGCCUCAGCCAGUCCCACCCCUCCCUGAGUGUCCAGGUCAACUCUGACCGCAGCCAUUCACCGCCCAUCUCCCCAAUGCCUAUCCACGUCUCACUGACCCCUACCGGCCAACCACAGUUCCACACCACCUUCAGCUCUCAGUCUGGGGUCUACACGUCUGUCAGCCCAACAUACAAUCAGACGCACAACCAGACCACGCAGGGGCAGGGCUCUCUCAACAGAGCCAGGAAGAAUGACCUGGUGGGCUCCAGCCCUGUCCACACACUGGACUCAUCCCUACCUCUAGUGGGGCAGUCAGCAGGGCAAGAGCCAGACUGUGGAGGGCCUAACAUUGAGUAUCCACAGGACAGGGAGAGACCAAAGAGGAUGCAGAGUGAUGCUGAGCAGGCAGAGUCCCAGACCCAGGAGACCAACAUCCGCACACAGCAGGCCCUGGAAGUCGAGCCUCUCUGGGGCUUGGAGGUGACACAUUAGCAGCUGUCUGGAGCCCCACAGAGACCAGAUAAAUAAACUGGAACAUUACUGCUGCAAAGUAACGCUGAGCCCAUCAACUCUCCCUUUUUGGUUGCAUCUCUUAUGCUACAUGAGUUUACAUCUGAGAAAUGAAUGAUUGCUUUACAGUCUAAAACGUACACCACAGUAAUCACACUACAUAAUAUCGACACUGAUUGUACUACUACUUGAUGUACUGUUUAUUUAAUUUGACUGUAAAUACAGCAUUGAUAUGGACCCGAGAUUAUGAAGACAAGCUGACUCAGUCUACAAAAGUAUUCAGCUUGUGUUUAUUAUGCAUUUCUUGUGAACUGAAAGUUAGGUAUUACUAACCGGAGGGUAUCUCGAGACAUAUCAUAUUGAGACCUGGCAGCCAUGGAAACAGCAAACCCCACCCCUUUCCUUCAUUAUAAUGUGUUUACAUAGAAAGUAUCAUCACCUAAAUGAGCAUUAUUUUGAUGUGUUUUUAUGUGAUUUCAUUGUUUGUGAACACACUGUGGAGUUCAUUCUACAAGCUGUCUGGACAUUACAGCAUACGACCAAUGUUUGUGCUCAUUAUUUUAAGAAAUUGUCUCUUGGCUAGCCUGCCAGGGGAUUGCAGGCCAAAAAGGACCUUUGGUUAUAUGUGUUUUUCCCUCUUCUGCAAUAUGGCUAUUCAUAGCUCUGCAUCUCUUUUUGCUCUUGUGUCUUGAACAUUUGACUUUUUCUAUGCUGUAUAUCUUCUACUUAAUUCAUUUCCGGAUCCGGGAGCACCCCCAUCAGUAAAAAAACUGACUAGCAUAGCCUAGCAUAGCGUCACAAGUAAAUACUAGCAUCUAAAUAUCAUUAAAUCACAAGUCCAAGACACCAGAUGAAAGAUACACAUCUUGUGAAUCCAGCCAUCAUUUCUGAUUUUUAAAAUGUUUUACAGGGAAGACACAAUAUGUAAAUCUAUUAGCUAACCACGAUAGCAAAAGACACAACUUUUUUUUCCCACCAUUUUUUUCCUGCAUAGGUAGCUAUCACAAUUUCGACCAAAUAAAGAUAUAAAUAGCCACUAACCAAGAAACAACUUCAUCAUAUGACAGUCUGAUAACAUAUUUAUUGUAUAGCAUAUGUUUUGUUAGAAAAAUGUGCAUAUUUCAGGUAUAAAUCAUAGUUUACCAUUGCAGCCACCAUCACAACUCUCACCAAAGCAACUAGAAUAACUACAGAGACCAACGUGAAUUACCUAAAUACUCAUCAUAAAUCAUUUAUGAAAAAUACACAGCGUACAACAAAUGAAAGACAAAGAUCUUGUGAAUCCAGACAAUAUUUGAUUUUUUAAGUGUUUUACAGCGAAAACACAAUAUAGCAUUAUAUUAGCUUACUAUAAUAGCCAACCACACAACAGCAUUGAUUCAAGCCAACAAUAGCUAUAACGAAUAAACCAGCAAAAGAUAUACAUUUUUUCACUAACCUUCUCAAACUUCUUCAGAUGACAGUCCUAUAACAUCAUAUUACACAAUACAUAUAGAGUUUGUUCGAAAAUGUGCAUAUUUAGCGGCACAAAUCGUGGUUAUACAAUGAGAAUAGUAGCCAAGCUGCCAACAAUAUGUUGGGAGAAAUCUUGGGAGAGGCACCUAAUCUAAUCAGUAACUAAAUUUAAACUUGACAAAAAAAUACAGCUUGGACACCAAAUGAAAGAUACAUUAGGUCUUAAUGCAAUCGCUGUGUUAGAUUUUUAAAAUUAACGUUACUACGACAUACAGCGUGCGUUAAAGCGAGACCGCACCGAAAUUAAUGGCGGAAUAUGAGUUUUACAUUUUUCAACAGAACAACGAAUUAACAUCAUAAAUAGUUCUAACUUUUUGAUGAGCUCCCAUCAGAAUCUUGGGCAAGUUGUCCUUUUUCCAAAAGAAUCGUUGCUCGGUUGUAGAUUGUCGCCUUCAACGUUGGAAUUAGCAGUAAACAUUAGCCAUGUGGGCCAGAUGUGCCCAACUCCCUAGAACGCAGCACAAAUAAAUACCCGAAAAUUGCAAUAUACUGAUAUAAACUGAUAUAACUCGGUUUAAAAUAACAACAUUAUGUCUUUAACAUCCAUAUCGAAUAAAUUCAGAGCCGGAUAUAUCUAAGGGCUAUAACGGGAGCUUUCUAGAACGCCAUCCUGAGGUCUGUCUUGCGUCAUGGCGAAGAGAAGAAAGAGAGGACCCCACGUUGCCAGCCCAUUUAUAAGGCCUCAGAUCUGCCUAGCAACUCCAUUUCAAUUCUCACUAUUCGCUGACAUCCAGGGGAAGGCGUAUGCAGUGCAUCUCAACCAAUAGAAAACAUGCAAAUUAAUAAACCGACCUCAGAACAGCCUGCAGAUUUCAGAUUUCUCACUUCCUCAUAGGAAAAUUGCUCCAACUCGAGUUCUGUUUUACUCACAGAUAUAAUUCAAACGGUUUUAGAAACUAGAGAGUGUUUUCUAUCCAAUAGUAAUAAUAAUAUGCAUAUUGUACGAGCAAGAAUUGAGUACGAGGCAGUUUAAUUUGGGAACGAAAUUAUUACAAAGUGCAAACAGCACCCCCUAUUGAGAAAAGGAUAUUUUACUGUUUAUUUGGUAACAGAGACUGAAAAAAGAUGUGUAAUGUAUAGCCUACUGUACAAGCACAACAGUUUCAGAAGCGUACAAAUUACAGAAUGAUUUGAACAAUGUGUGCAGACUGAAAGAGUUGUAUAUAAUUUUGUUUGUAACUGAUAUUAGUUGUAAAAUAACUAUUUAGAUGCAAACAGAAUAUUAACAUAUAUAUUUUUUUAACAGGGAGAAAUACAAUUACAUAAUAGAGAAAUACAUUUACAUCUGAAAUGAAAUAACUUGAAAGGUUUAACUGAGCAGGUCACAGUAGUGGUACACAAUUACAUAAAUAUUGUUAGUCAAUCACUCAACAUCCAACAAUAUCUCUUUAGAUAGACCUAUGCCUUUAGAUAAACCCACACUAAAAUACUGGGGCUUCUCCAUUUGAUGCCCACAAUAUGAACGUUUGGGUCAGUGAGUUUACAUUUAUGAACAAAAUUUAGAUCUGAACUGAUGUCAGAUGAUGGCAAAUAUCAUGGUCUUUAGCGACACCAGAUGGUGAUACAUUUAAAGCUUCUGUAAAUAUUUGAUUAAAUACAUUUGAAAAACUA